CAUGUGUAUGCCGUAAAAGAAAGAUGGCGGCGGAUAUUUUGUACACAAUCCACGUUUGUCUUAUUUAUGCUUUUAACGGUUCGGUUUUCUUCUAGUUUUAUCGGCAAUGGUAAUAACUACCGUCGGAAUGUAUCCCUGGAGCUGAACCCUGGUCUGAACUCCUUGCUGACACCGCUGCCCCCUGGUGUUGGCUUGCUCCAUGUGCGGGCGCUCGGCAAAAACAACACACUGCAUUACCUCCUCUGCAGCCAGGGGGCGCCCGCGUUACUACUGGUGCACACAAGCUCCAUUUCAUCCAAGGUGGAGGUAGACUGGCCUGCCUUCCUCAUGCAAAAUACCACAGGCAGCCUGAAAGUGACUCCAGAGAGCAGUGUUCUGUACAGCAACGCACUCGUCUUUACCAGGCUGUGGGAGUAUGACGAUGUCAACGACACAGCUGACCCUGAGCACCUACCCCCCUCCAGCUUUUUCCAGCCCUACGAGCUGCAGAAUUUCACCUGGGGCGACCUGAACAAGACAUUGGACCCCACAGGCCACACCGCCCUGCUUUGUGGAAGAGACGCCAGCGAGAGCUUCAGCAAUGGCUUGCUCUGUCUGAAGUUCUCAGCCUUUGAUUUUGAGGGGCGUGACCAAGGCUGGCCCAGUCUCCUCCACAACGCUAACUCCUCCCAGCUGAGGAUGGGGCUGGACGUCGUGGCCCCGAGGUCCAAUCGCUCCCGCUUUUCCCUAGAGCUACAGGCCGUGGGAGACUCCCAGCCCAUGAGCAGAGUGGACAUGCUCCGGUCAAUAGAUGACGAAUACACACCCUCCAUAUUCAAGGUAUCUCAGUGGGUGUCCUCUCCAGUCAACUCCACCUCCCCUGUUCUUGGCUACGCCCAAUGGAAGCCCGUGGCCUACCGCAGGCCGUCGCCUGUGUUUGAGGAUGCCACUCCCUGCCGGCACUCAACGCCUGUCCCUGUAGCCCAGCUUCCCCCCUCCGGCCUGGUGCGGGCUUAUUUUGGAGGGGAGCACCAGACCACCGGGCUCAACAUGACCUUCAGUAUCACUGGAGACCCAUUCUACAACACCACCUCCUACCUUAGCUGGACUGUGUUGGUGGGACUGGGCUCUCCUCCUGUGGACUUGUUUUCUCCCCUGGUUCUGGUCAUCAUGGUGGUGGGGCUGGGCACACCCAUGCUGAUCAUCCUGCUGGGCGGGGUGUGUGCGUGUGUCCGCAAGAACAGGCCCCAAACGCAGGUUUACGAGCCAAUCCAGGCCAAGCCAGGAUAUGUGUCCCGCCUUUAACCAUUUUCUAGCCAAUGAACAGAGACACCUCUGGGCACAGUUUUUCAAAAGUUUUCUAUCUGGAUUUACCCUAUCGGAUACGAUUAAAUGCAUAGAGAAAGUGUCCGGCAGGUGUCAAUCUUUUUAAAAAUAUGAGGUGCACUGAUACAUGUGGAAUACACCACUUGCACGGAGCUCUGUCUAAUACGGCCAUCCAUUGUUGGCACAAUCAACCAAUAAGUCUUUGACAGAAACUCAUUUCUAACCACUUGCAUAAUUUGGGAAUAGGCUGAAUCAUCCUGUGGACGAGAGUCAAUUAAUGAGUGCGUUUAUUUCUGCUUGUGAAUACAGCAAAUUGUGAAAAUGCUUCUUACUGUAGUUAUACUUUAUUAUUAUAAUUUUUUUAAACUCAUGAUUAAGUACACACUUUCAGUUCUGUGUAAAACAAUAUAUUAUCUUAUCAUUGUUGCUCAACAAACAGUACACGAUGACAUGUUACACUGAAGCUGUCUGUUUGGCACUGCCAAGAUAGGAUAUACUGACCUCACAUGGGUCCUACACUGUCUAAUGAUCGACUCACGCACAUAUAAAUAUCUGACGACAUUAGAAGAGUCAGAAGGGAGCAGGGUUUUUUUUUUCUCAAACCCUGAUCUGAGGUCAGUUUUUAUUGUAAUGGUUUAAUAAUUGGUGAAGAUAAGCUAAUCCUGGAUCUGCACCUGAAGGAGACCCACACCUGGAGCAGUGAGAGGAAAAUAAAUCUCAGGGAAGAACCUUAUAGAAACAAGGUUUGUUGCUUUCUUUCCAAACCCCCUGGAUGUUAGUUAUUCUUUGGGGAAAUGGGAAGCAUAGUUUGGGUCCAUGUGCUCUUCAAAGUAAACUGAAAUGUGAUCAUUCUAAAAUAUGUUUUAGGCUUGUUUUAAAUUAUUGAUUAAUGUUUAUUUGAGAUUCAAUGUGUCAGUUAAAUUAAGUUAGAAAUCGGUAUGGGAUUAGAAAAUGUUUUGUAUGAUCUUGUAAUUAAUGUUACUUUGACACCCAGUGUUGAUUGUUGCCACACAACAUUUUUUUGUCAAACUUCUCCUUUGGAAUGAAUUUAAAACAUGCUUCAUAAUCAGGUUGUAAUCACAGAGUAAAUUACCUUGUGGAGUUUUUACCUGUGCUUUUCUAUUAGGCAACAAUAUGUUACCUUAAUUUCAGAGCUAAAUGCAAAAACACCAGUACCUGAAAUAUUAUUAUGCAAUCUAAUACACAGGUCAUGUUCAUUUUAUUUUGAGGAGACUUUUAAAUGAACUGAAUGGUAAUGUAUUGUCUCAAUCCAUACAAUUGUAUUUUUUUUUAAAGAAGAAAUGGAUAGGCAAGUUAUUUACUGCUCAUUUAUUUUCUUUGUUAAACAAUGUCUGGUACACAAUGUCAUUACAGAAAUGUCAACAUGUUUAAAAAAGCAACAAGGACCUCUAAAUAUAACUGGUUUCUUGGCCACAUUUUAUGUACACAAUAUUGUUUUAGAUUAUAUAUAUAUAUAUAUAUAUUUUUUUUUUCCAUCUCUACAAGAGAUGGGAAAAGGCAGGCUGUUAGAAUGUACAUAAUUGUAUUACAAAAUAUAUUUUUUCUUUACAAAC